AUGGCUCCCUCGCCAGAACUCGGGCAGCCUAAGGCGCCCGAUAAAGCUGGCGACGAACCCCAGAAGGAGGGACCAUUGGCUUCCGGCGAUGCAACCGAUCGUUCGUGCGGUGCCGGCACAUCUUCCGCUUGCACUGUGAGUGAACAAGGUGUUGCUGCCUCCGCACCUACGAAAUCCGCAAUCAACAACAGUGUUGGCAGUAGCGGCAGCGUCCGGGCUGGAACUAGCGCUGCCCCUAUUGUAGUCCCACCCGUCAUCAGCACAAUGGCCAUGUCUGCUCCUACGACCUCCGUUACCACAACGUCGGCCACUGCGAUGAAGGUGUCGUCUUCGUCGUCGUCGUCGUCGUCUACGGUUGCGACCACCUCAUCCGGCAACAGUAGUCAUGGUAAAAGUACUGAAACUGCUAAGAAUUCGUCAUCAUCCGCCAUCGUUGCCGGUAACAACAAAGACAGUCAUCAGCAGUCGUUUGCACAAGAACCGUUCGCAACUAUGAAUGAAGAUGCCCUGAAGGCUUUGCUUGAUGAAGCGAUCACAUACAAGUGCCCGAAAGAUCGCGAGCACAAGAGUGCUACAUUUAACGAAUUACUGAGCAAAACAGAACGCGAAGAUCAGGAGCAAAAUUUUUCCUUUACCAGUCGACCGGUGCACAGCAAACGAGCGUCCGCACGGCCCACGCAAGGUGGCUCCCUGCAGGACAUAACGGAAGCGACCAAGCAGGAGUACGGUUACACCGAGUACUGUUCCGGUUCGAGUCUUUCUAACAAGCGUCAUGGUGGGCCUGGACAUGGCGGCGGAUCACGCAGCAAGCGUCAAAUUUCGUCGGUUUCUUCGAGACAGCGCGAAGGUGGUAGUCUGCCGAGUAAUGUCAACGAAACGACCACACCGUCCUAUAUCAAUGAGCAACCGUUCUUAAAAGAGGUGGGUCGUCCGCUCAAGUCGACGUCGGUGAAAUUCUUCGCCAAAAGUAACGACUACGGUGCGCUCCUGCAAUCCGCACCGCUUAAUGCGAUUGGUGCAAGUGAUUGGAGCGGCCUUGUCAGUGAGGAAUCUCAAUCAAAUGCCACCGGCGGUGAAACAGGCAACACGGGCACCGGUGUUGGAUCACAUUCGACUAGUGGUACCAGUAGCACUGGAACCGGAGCAGCUGCGCAUACUGUCAUUAAUAUGGGCGAGCUUGAUUCGGAUGAAGGCUCUUCGGGACAUCGAGGCUUCCGGGAUAUCUUUUCGGGACAUGCGAAUGACGCGCUGCAACGGUUGUGUAUGUUUGUGUCCCAGAACAAUCACUAUGACUCCAGCGCCGAAGAAAUCGAGAUGAUGGGAAUGGGUCCCUCCAGUGGCUCUGGUACAGGCGCAGCCGGUAGUACCAGCUCAAGUUCCGGACUUGUCAGCGGCGGCUCAGCGGGAGUCAGUUGUGGCAUCGGCGGAUCAUCUGGUACGUCAGCUUCGUCGACUCUUACGUAUGGUGGAGGCGUGGGCGUUGGAACCGUUACCGAUACGUACGGAAAUGGAGGUGGUAGCAGCAACAGCAGUUCCUCCAGCAGCAGCAGCAGUGGUGUAGUAGGAGGAUCAGUCAGCGGUGGACUAUCAUCGACGAAGAAAACGUUCUGCUACCCAAAAGCUCAAUUCACGACACAGGCAAGUCUGGAAAUAGGACAAGCAUGCAGCGUGACGAGGCCGUCCUCCGUACACCAUGUUGAUAAGACGGUUUCGUUGCCGAUGUUGGAAACUGUCCAGCUCGGCUCGACCUAUCCUGCCGUAAAGUGUAUGAUCGACAGCAGCAAAGUGGAUCAGUCCACUAUCAAAUCAGUGCUGUCAUCAAGCAAUCAGUUCAUAUCGACGACGAGAAGUAGCCUCGCGUAUCCGACAAUACAGCAAAAGUUCGAUGAAAAUGCUAACUCUGUUUCUCAAUUUGGUGGAGUUGGAAGCGGUGGCGGCUUAGGUUCAUCUAGCGGAGGCAGCUCGAUGGCAACCGGGGCUGGUUCUGGCAGCGGUUCGGGAAACAAAAAAUCACGGAAACCAAAAUCCGAUCGUAACACCGUCGUCGUAGUGCCCGAAAAUAUUGCUGGCUAUCGAGGAAAAGCUGAUAUUGAGGCUCUCGUCAGUUACAUUGAAAACACUGACAACGAUAAGUCUCAGCAGCCACAGCAUCAAUUGUCUCAGCACCAGCAGCUUCAACUUCAGCAACAGCAACAACAGCAGCAACAGCAACAAACGCUACACCAAUCGUCCUCUCAACAGUCAACGGCGAAAGGUGGCAGCUUAGGCGCAGGAAGUAGCAAUGCUGUCAGUGGGCUGGGCGCGAAGAAUGGUAAUGUUAAACAGACGCCUGGGGUGGCGACAAGUGGUAACUUAUGCACCACGGACAACGGCGGUGGUGGAGAGGAGAAAGCAAAACGAAAAAAUGAGAAAAAGCGGGAGAGGGCCGCAAAAAUGAAAAAGAGCAGCUCGCUGGAGGAACUGAGCAGCAGUAGCCGGAAGAAGGUGGAGGAAGAAAAUACAAGACAAAACCAUGUCGAGAAGGCUCGUGCUCAGGAGACUGAUCCGGCUGUAACGCUGCGAAACAGCAAAUCGAAAAAGUCCGCCCAAACGACAGGAAGUACUUCCACCACCACCACUGGAAGUACUUGCGCGGUUUCAGCGUCUAGUUUGGUUUCUACGAAAGAGGGCAGCAGUGGAAAGCGGUCGGAGCGGAGAUCAUGGGGUACGGAGGAGCUAAGCUUUUUGGGCAACGAUGGGUCUGCAACAUCGCUUUCUACGAAUGUCGAAGACGUUUCAUCGUCUGCAGCCUCCGCUGGUACUGGAGGAAAGGGUAAAAAAGCCAAAGAUCAUAAUGCACCGGUGACCACGGGUACGAGCAGUAAUAGUAGCAAUAAAAACGUUGCUGCCGUGAGCGAUAUCUCCUCAGUGACCGGAAACAAUCACAACAUCAAGAAGCGCGACUCUUUGCGCAUGUCGGUGGAAUCUCUGUCAGCCCUUGGCGGUGGAAGCAUCGGUACAGGAGGAGAAUCAUCCGAUUUCCACGUUGUUACGAAAAAGAAAAAAACGAAGAAGAAGACUCCAGCACUAGGUCAGGAGGAAUCCCUGGCGAGUGGCAACUGCAUUGCUGGAUCAACGUUAGCCGGUCGUCGUUAUCAAGGUGCGGGAUCGGUUGGUGGAGGCAGUUAUGGACGGAACGCAGCGAACACGGCAACUGGCAACAACAGUGGUGGCAAUGGCGGUGGAAAUGGCAGUGGUAGAUAUCAAACUGGCAGCCAUUUCGUCACAGACCGGGAUGUGUACAUGAGCAGCGAUUUGUCGAGGCGGAAAUCGACCUCCUCGGUUCCGCCUUCGGAAAAAUCUGACUCAAGUGAUACCGAUUCGGUCCAUUCGCUGCCAAUAGAAACGAACGUUUCUCGUAAACAACAGCAAAAGCUCCAACAACAGUCGCAUCAACAACAGCAACCGAAAAACAAGGGGCAUCUACAGCAGACUAGUCAACAGCGGCAAGGUACGAGCUCGGCAACGUCACAAUCUUACGCUGAAAUUGCACGCAUUGCCAACGUGGAGAAGAGUGCCACAGGAACGGGUACGAACGGUAGCGCCAUGUCUGGCGGCAGUGGGGACGGUUUGGGUAACCAUGCCGAAAGCACCUCGAACGUGUCUCCUAACGCGAAUAUGAUUCAAGAUCUCAACUCAUCGGUAGCCUUCCCGCAACUAGUCGAAUCACAACAAUUUCAUCCGCACCAUCACUCCCAGCUGGUAUCUCAGUCGUCUUUGUCGGCCCAGCCACAACCUUCCUGUCAUCUGCUGCAAUCGAUGCCUUCGAGUAUCUCGUGCAACAUGGGCGGAAAUGUAAAUAGCGUAGCUGGGUACGCCAACAGCACCGGUAGCAAUAGUAACGUUAGUAAUAACAAUAAUCACACGCUAGGAAUAAGUACUACAAGAGCGACGUACUCGCAGAGUUUGCUCACGGCCGUGAGCAACGCUGUCGACGAGCCGACCAAACCGCUACCAGUCUCGAACGUGGCUGGAGCGUUAGCCAACAGCACCAGCGAAACACCGACCACAGUUGGUGCCGCCAAUGGGGGGCAUCCGACGAAAGGCAGUGCCACCGAAAGCGGUAAAGCAUCCCUUCACAAAUCUAAGAGCGUCGACAACAAUGAUAUCUACUACUCGAACGAACACUACCCAGCGCUGGAGAAAACGGUUAAGAGCUACCACCAUGGGAAAGUACACAACAGUGUCGACGCUUCGGGCGGAAGUGCUUCUAUCGCGUCAACCACUGCCCCUGGAGUUGGCAACGGUAAAAAUGCGCCAAAGGCUGUCGCCAUCGUGGUUAGUGGCAAUAUGGCAUCGUCGGCAAACUCAUUGAGUUUCGGGCAGGUAGCUGCUGCGAAUGUUGUUACCGUCGCUACUGCCUCCUCGACGUCAGCAAAUGCGCCCCCAAAAAAGGGCAAAGCGAAAAAGGAUCCCAACGGAACUGCGGUUGCGGUAGCCAACAACCCAGUCGUGUCGGUGGUGGCAACACAGCCGCCAGUGACGGAUGGAAUGGAUUGUGGAAACACGAGCGAAUCAUGGAACCACGGCAACGCAGUGCUGAUCGACACCGAUUCACAAGCCGGCAACAUGCUUCCAUUCGAUACACGGAGCCCCAUGAAUGGCGGAUCUGGUGUGAAUGCUAUUCAUUUCAUUCAAACUUCACCGCAAAUUCAACAGCAACAACACGUGGCUACUACAACUGGCGUAUCGCAAACUGUGGCAGCUAGCAGUGGCAUCGGUGCUCCUGCAUCGUCGACAAGCAAGCGCCACAAAAAGGACAAGCACCAGCAACACUCUUCAACGCCGGCAUCGACGGGUUCUAAGGUAGCCGGAACGGUGGGAGCUGGUAAUGCAAGUAACCAUGCGCAGCAAAAGAACCGUCCUGCGGUGAUCAUCGUGAAUGAUAAUGAUCCGAAGCCAAACGAGUUUACGUUUGGAUUUGGUAUCGAUCAGGAGUUGUUUUUCGGCGACUUUAGCGAGGAAGAUCGUAGACUGCUUGAAAGCGAUGGUAGCUGCCCUGAGCCACCCAAGACCAAGGGUAAGCAACAGCGUGUAAAUACCGCCACAGCCGGUACUGAUCCGAUCGCGGCACAACAGUCGGUUGCAUUGUCGAACAGCAGAAACGUUCCGUUACAUUCGUCAGAGCUCGAGUACGGAUUAAUGCAGCGGCAUCAGCAGCAGCAACACCAAACCGUAGCAUUAUCUCCGAACUCUCUAAACGACGCUACGCGCAAUAGCAUGAGCAAAACGUCACCUUCGUCAGGAUCUUCGUCGGUUUCGUCCUCUUCGGCGUCGCUUUCAUCCGCCACAACUUGCAACAGUUACCACCAGCAGCCCAUCGUUCCGCCGAUGGUGCAGAUGGCACCAAUGACGACAAUGGAUCAGGCGAAUGAAGCAUCCGAAGCAUCGAUCGAUGCUGCUGUCGCCGGAGCGAAUCUGUUCCAUCAGCCACCCCCGGUCGCACCGCCUCUGUUGAUGUCUACGAUCUACAACCAACCGCCACCGACGCUAUUAUCGCAACACCUGGUACCGCAAGGUACCCAGCCAGCCCCGCCAGGCCGUAUACCGCACAUGAGACAUCACCAUCAGCAAUCGCUUCACCACCAGCAACAGCACCAUCACAAUCAAUACGCUCUUCCACCGCCUGUGAUGACACCGACCGUGCCUGCAGCCAGCGCUGCAGUGACAGAUGCCAACGGAAACGCUGUCCCACCGGUUGUUGCGGUUCCACACCGCACAAAUGUGCCGCCACCACCGUUACCAUCGACGCUAGCUAUCGUACCGCCUUACGGAACGGUGCUUCUGCCAGCGGGAGCCGUCCCCGGGGCUCCCGCUCUUCAACCGGUGGCUGUGACCGCUCCACUUGUUCCUUCGGUGGCACCAACCGGUGCGCUGAUCGUCGCCCAACCGACCGUCGGAAGCUCACCCGUAACGCUACCUAUUGCCUCGAGUGAUAUUGUGAAUCACAACAACACCAGUCCCCACAACUCGUCCUUGCAACACCAAACUGUUGCGGUGGCUAACAAUAAUAGCAUUGCUCAAAGCUACCAUCAACAGCAACAACAGCUGCCUCAACAACCAACAGUUCAUAAAAUAACGGUAGAUACGGCCGCGCAGACGCAAUCGACGUCCUCGCAGUCUUCGCCGUCCUCGGUUGCCGCCGAACCGACGAAGCCAAUGCAACCAGUGGCGCGCGAGAAGAUGAAGGAGAUAAACUUGCGAUUCAUCGCUCCCGAGCAGGUCCAUACUACGGAAUACAAUCACGAUAAAAUUGUGUUUUUCGUAGGAACAGCCUGGGAAGAUGCCAUCUGCGGCAGUAAUGGUACCGCCAAGUACUACGAAGACCAAUAAACGGCUGCAGGAUGCAGGAGCAGCAAACGAAGCAAUAGCGUAGCGUCGCUGUAAAACUUAGUCGUAUCAGUGUAAUCACUAAGUCAGAUAGUUCGUAAAGGAAAGAGCAACAAACAAAACGCGCUUACUGUGAAACGUCUAGAUCAAGUCAAAUGAAAGCCUAUAGUUUACGGAAACGAAUUCGAAGAAAAAAAAAAACAAAAAUGCUUAGCAUUUUCGAUGUGUAUGGCAAGAGGGACAGAGUGAUUGGAAAAGAUAGAAAAUAGAGAGAGAGAGAGAGAGUAAAGAGCAAAGUUGGAACAGGGUUUAGGAUGCACAACAAAGCAGCGUGUUGUAUCGUUAAGAGCAAUGUGUAUCUAUGUUAGGAAUACGUGUAAAAAGACAAGAAGGGAAAAACCAGUAUGCAUCUUGUUUUGGACGUGUUCAAUU